UCUGUCCUAUUUAAGCUCACUGGUCGUCUGUUGCGAUGUAGUGAAUGCUGACAUUUGAACCACGACAGCAAACAGAAAUCAGAUAUUGUGGCUUGUCAUCUACAGAAAUGUCUAUCAAGUUAAUCAACAAUGCAGCCAUGCCUAUCGUGGGCUUGGGGACGUGGAGGGCAUCUCCUGGACAGUUGGCUGAAGCCCUGAAAGUAGCCAUUGCGACGGGGUACCGUCACAUAGAUGGGGCCUAUGUCUACAAAAAUGAAGGUGAGGUUGGGGCUGCCCUCUGUGCCAUGAUAAAGGAAGGAGUGGUGACAAGGGAAGACCUCUUCAUUGUCAGUAAGCUGUGGUGCACCUUCCAUGAAAAGUCCAAGGUGAAGGCUGCCUGUCAGAAGACCCUGAAUGACCUGAAGCUGGACUACCUGGACCUCUACCUCAUGCACAUCCCAAUGGGUGUGAAGGAGGUUGGAGAUGAGCUGCUUCCUCAGGAUGACAAUGGAAAAGUACUACCCAGCAAUACUGACUUCUUAGACACGUGGGAGGGUAUGGAAGAGCUGGUAGAUUUAAAGAUGGUCAAAGCCAUUGGAGUCUCAAACUUCAACCAUGAACAAAUUGAGGCCAUACUGAACAAACCGGGCCUCAAGCACAAGCCUGCCAAUAACCAGAUUGAGUGCCACCCUUACCUGACCCAGGAGAAACUGAUCGAUUACUGUCACUCCAAAGACAUCUCUGUGACGGCAUACAGCCCCCUGGGCUCUCCGGAUAGACCUUUUGCAACAGCUGGAGAACCAACUCUACUGGAGGACCUAAGGAUCAAGGCCAUAGCUGACAAGUACAAGAAGACCACAGCACAGGUCCUGAUUCGUUUUCAUAUCCAGAGGAAUGUGAUUGUUAUUCCCAAGUCUGCCACACCUCAACGCAUAAAGGAGAACUUCCAGGUCUUUGACUUUGAGCUUAGCGAGGAUGACAUGGCAACUCUCAUGAGCUUCAACAGGAACUGGAGAUUCUUUGCUAUUCCUUGGGGAACAACCCACAAAGACUAUCCUUUCCAUGCGGAGUACUGAGCACUCUGUUUGGCUUUGAAGGAGGAAGAAGGAUCAGUACCAUUGAGCUGAUCUCAUUGCCGUCUCUAAACAUUGCUUGGGCAGGGAUGUUCCAAUACAAUGUUCUGUGUUUUAUAUUAAUAUUUUUCUUCCAAAUAGUUUCGGUUGUGACCGCUUACUACUUUAAUCCCACGACUAAAUAACACAUCAUAAAUAAACUUGCAAACAUCGAUGUCACAAGCAAAAAUUGAAGUGUUUACAGUGACCUCCAUAAUGUUUUGGACUGACAUUUGUCUUGAUUUAUCAACUGAAAUGUGGUGUCCUGAAAUGAGGUGGUGAUGCAUAAAAAGUGCUGUCAUUUCUACCUGGUUAAAUCUAAAUGUAUACGAUACAGAGCCAAAUCAAGAAAACAGUGUGUUGUCCCAAACAUUGUGGAGCUCACUAUAUAUACCCUUUAUCCAUUAACCUGUUAUCACAUCUUAACAAUUGGCUGUGGUGUGCGCAUUCUGUGUGUGUGCACAGGCCAAUAAAUUCAAUAAGGGUUGGUGCUAGGCAGGACAGGAGCUCAAGAGGUGGGUGAAUUCAAGUAACAACAUUGUUCAGACUGUACCAAAUCUUGUGCUACAUUUGAGCCAAUUUUGUGAUCAGAUUGACGCACACACAGAAUGAGAGAUCUUGCUGUAGCUUUCUUCUCCUUGCAUUUAUUUUCAUACAAUGUCUACUUGCAUUGUUUGAGAUCACCAUGAAAAUGAUGUCCAAUAUUUAUUUUUGUCAAAGUUACAUGAUGUCAAUGAUGAAAUGCGCAGGCAGGUGCUGCUACUUCAAGGCCUCUGUGUGAAAGCAGGCCACUGGGCAGGGGGAGUGUUGGGGCACCCUGGAUAUAAAGACGGAUGUAUCCGGAAGUUUCAGGAGGUUCGCUUGGACUGCCCUUGAAAUGCUCUCCCCAUGUGCACAUUUGUUAAUAAAAUGUCGCAGAUUGGA